AUGCUGCUUUUACUCUUUUGGGUCUUACCUUUCGCUCUUCCUCUUUUUGUUUACAGCCUGCUGCAGAACAACAACAUAAAUGGGCGAAUCCCAGAGAUUGGCAGGUUAACAAAGCUCAAGACGCUUGAUAUCUCUAGCAACCAGUUAUCUGGUGAAAUUCCCAGCUCUGUGAGCCGCCUCACAAACCUCCAAUACUUGAGGCUCAACAACAAUACGCUGUCUGGCGCAUUCCCUGCAUCAUCGGCUAAUUUAUCGCACCUUGUCUUCUUGGAUCUGUCCUAUAAUAACCUGAGCGGUCCAGUUCCAGGGUCUUUGGCGAGGACAUUCAACAUAGUAGGGAAUCCACUGAUCUGUGGAGCAGCCAAGGAACAAGAUUGUUAUGGAACUUUACCGAUGCCGAUGUCCUACAGCCUGAAUAAUACACAAGGUACUCCAAUUCCAGCGAAAUCUAAGGGCCACAGAGCUGCAAUUGCAUUUGAGAAUGUCAAUCUUGAAAACCUGAAGAGGUUUCAGUUCAGAGAGCUCCAGGCUGCAACAGAGAACUUCAGCAGCAAGAACUUAGUAGGAAAAGGCGGUUUUGGAAAUGUUUAUUAG